CUCGUGUAUGGCCCACUGCCAAUCCCUGUCUCGAUGGAUUCCCUGAACGAUGUCGAUUACGUGUUCGUGUUUGCUGCUCGAUCGCAAACCAUAUUCCGUCGGCGAGCGCUCGACUCGCUCCUCGUCAUCUGCAGCCAGGAGGCCGGAGUGCCCGGUGGGCGGCGAUCCGGCUGGGGACCAUUUUUCCCAGGCAUAACAGCGUAGACGUCUCGGUGUUAUGUGUGUGCGGCAGCUCGAUACGUACAUAACAGCUGUCAGGAUCGACGGGCGGGUGCUGUUGUUCUGUUCUUCCUUUCUUUCCCUUUCCCUUUUCCUCGCUCCCCUCCCGUGGCCCUGCUUUGCCCACCCAUCUGCAUCCACGCCCGCAUUCCCCCUCGCACCAUACAAGCACUCGCCGAGACCAUGAGUGCCGCCCGCUCCGCCUCCCCGAAGAUGCCCGUCCUUCCCGGGAUCCAAGAGAUGUUCCCCGAACACCAGUUCGGCGUCGACGUUGGGCGCUACAGCCACCCACAUCCACGCAGCCAUCCGCAGACCCUGCUCCCUCACUCUCACAGCACAUGCGCGUGCCAGAGCAGCACAUGUCCCUGUGCCUACCCUCAUGCCACCCUCGGCCAGGGAGGCUGCGAUGGGCAUCAUCAGCACCAUCAUUUUGCCCCUCCACAACCGCAUCCCUUCGCGCCGACGUGCAAGCCGACGCGCGGCAGUGGCACCAGUCCGCUGUUGCUCCCACCCCCCGCACCACUACAGUUGCACGAGAAUCUACUCCGCACGUCAGAGCCGCAGCCCACAGAUCACGGUGAUACGAGUCAUCAUCGCGCGGCGCCCAUGAGCCCGCCCAUCACGGACAAUCAGAAUUCAAAGAUGCGGACCCGUUUCAUCUUUUCCCCGCUCUCGUCUGCACCUGCGAAGCGCGCCAGGGCGGACUCGGCCUCGGGCUCGUCGGCGUACCUGCAGCGCCUCGCGACGCGCCGGCGCGGAAGACAGCUCGAGGAGGACGAGUUCGAGGUCGAAGGCGAGGCGGAGGUGGACGAAGGGGUCGAGGACGAGCUGGAGAUGCGCAGCCGGAAACAUGUGUGUGAUAUCUGCGGCAAGCGAUUCAAUCGUCCUAGCAGUCUGCGGAUCCAUGUGAAUACCCACACGGGCGAGAUGCCGUUCACCUGUCCAUACCCACGCUGCGGACGUGCCUUCAACGUCAAUUCGAACAUGCGUAGACACUAUCGCAACCACUCCGCAUCCGAACCUACCACAUCGCCCCGCCCCUCGCCGUAUCAGAUUCCUUACCUCGAGUCACAACAAGCCAAUCCCCGUCCGCUGGCACUGGCCCCCGAUCCACACCGCAGCCCCACUCCGCCGGGUUCGACCUGGUCCGGCUCCUCGGCCUCAUCACCUGAGACGCCGCUGACGCCGCUCGACCACGGAUCCGGAAAUGCCGCUAAAAUCGCGCUGGGGCGAACAGCUCUAUGGCCUGAUUCGGAAGCGUCGGAGUUGGGGGUGGGACGCUAUUCUGAGAGUGAUGUGCGCAGCAUGCCGCGGUGAAGCGCCGAUUUGGGGUGUGAUUUAGAAAGGAAUGGUUAUCGUGUAUUUACGUUCUCGCGCUUUUGUAACUGUGCUAUUACUUAUCUUGCUGUGAAACCAACUCGGAAGCCGGCCUUUCUCGUGUCG